GGUAUGAGGGGUAUCUACGUUACAAACUUAAGAUUGCCAGUUCCAUAAUAAAGUUAGAAUGUGCGCAUAUUUGAGCACAAAUUGCACUCAAUUUUAUUGUCGGACACUGAUCUUAGGGGAGGUUUGGCCAACGCGCGGACAUCACCGUGUAGGAAUAAUAUCGCAUCCCCUCAGCAGCUUUUUCCAGAUCCCCAUGGCAACAAUUUGCAAUGGUGAAGAAUCCGAUACCAGGGCGCUUGGAGGCUGAUUGUGGUGCAUUGUGAGGGGCCUGGGGUCGCUGAUUGGUUCAAGGAAAGCACCAUAACUACAAGGAGUUUAUAUUCAUUCAACUUGUUGAAGUGCUCCCUACUGCAGCGGAGAGGAGUCGGUUCUUGGACUGUUGUUGAGAAAGUCUGGACUCAUCAGACAGUGACCUCGAUGGUGGACUACAAUUUCUAAGAUGGACUGAUUCGACCAGAAUCUUUGCAAAAAUGGCAAAUGCGGACAGUGAGGUGAAGACUUUGCUGAAUUUUGUUAAUUUGGCAUCCAGCGAUAUCAAAGCGGCCUUGGACAAGUCUGCUCCGUGCAGGCGCUCCGUGGAUCACAGGAAAUAUCUACAGAAACAACUCAAGCGUUUCUCCCAGAAGUACUCCAGAAUCCCAAGGUGCCACACGCACAGAUCUGCUGAGUAUGAGUGCACCAAACCGGCUGGGACUGUUCACCAGGGUGUGAAGGUCGCAGAGAAGGCCAGUACGGAUGCUCAAGGUGUGGAGAGUGUGGGCAGCGCUGUGGAGCAGGUGCCUAUGAGGAAACGGCAGCUACCGGCCUCCUUUUGGGAGGAACCGAAGCUGACCCAAACCAAGUGGGAGCACUCACAUGUAGGAUUGAGAAAGAACCACGCAGGCACAUCUGAGGGCGGCGAAAGCGAAAAGAAGAAAAGGAGUUAUGAUGAUGACGCAAGGGCCACUCUGUCUGUGUCCAGUCGACGCAGCUCUGCGGACAAAGACUCGCUGAAAUUGGACCUGAACUCUCACCACUGUGCGAGUGUGUGCGGCUGCUGCCCCUUCCAGUACCACGGACACCAGGUCCUCCACAGUCACAUUGUUGUCCCCCACCCGCCCCUCGGGCUGUGGAGCAAAGCUGUAGGGACAGCGAUAGACAGACCUGAGCAUCCUUAUGGACAGAGGAUUCACACGCACGUUGUGGUCAAACCCAUACCGACCAAACCCACCGUCCAGUCACCGAUCUUCAGUGUGUUUGGGUUCAUUUAAUUAAUUUACUAAUGGACCAGUCACACACAAAAGGUGUAAAAAAAACACAAACUAAUUAUUUUCAGUUCGUGUUCUAGGCAGCCAACUCUUCCUCUUUCGAAAUUUGUACGCGAGACACUUUCUCAAGCACUUAAUGGGACGCUUCAUCUAUUUUUAUUGUUUACAUCUAAGGGACUGAGUUGCACUUGCAGAAUAACUUCAUCGUGUUCACUUUCAUGCCAAUCUGAUGCCUCCAAGUGUCUGAAAACUUAAAGUAAGUUAAAAGCUUUCUACUUUUAGGUUUCUACAGAGAAGGACUCUUAUUUUGUAAUUACCAAAAGUCACGCAGAUGAAUGAAAGCAUCCUGUUUUAGUCUUGUCUUUCAACUAUGAGAAUAGAAUGUGGGACAUAGAUUGCUUUUUCUUUGUCAAAGUAAUGUUUGAUAGGCACAUUUGAAACAAUGUUUUUU